UGAAGAACGAGAAUCGCCCCAAGGACUAUCGACUAGCAGACAGGAUUGCAUUGAUGGAGGCAGUCACCAGCAAAGGUUGUCUGAAUAUCUACCGCGCAGCGCCGACGACGCACAGGCCUCAAAACUAUCCGAAGACACAGCUGGCGAAUCCACCUUAAGCUUGACCACGGUGGACGAAACUGCCAUGGAAUGCAUUGAAGAACGAGAAUCGCCCCAAGAACUAUCGACUAGCAGACAUGAAGAUUGGACAUGUAUCGUGGGAGGCAAUGAACAACAAGACUCGCCCGAAACGCUAUCGACCAGCACUGAGAACACGCAAGCCUCAAGUAUCCUCGAACGAACGGUCCACACAGUGUCGGAGCUGCUCCUUCCGUAUCUAGCUCUUGAUGAUAUCCAGGCCUUAUCACUCGUGUCGCGGAGAUUCAAUCGACUGUUCCAAAAUGACGGCUACCUGAGACGCUUCUUGCAGAUGAGCUUAGGCCUGCGUCCUGAUUCAAUACCGACCGGAGGCGGACGGCAUGCAAUGUUCGCGAUGCUCACGGCCGAGGCUAGGAGCCUAGCUGGAAUGCUACGUUGCGGAGGCAUAGAAGAAGACGAGGGGCAUAAGUCGCGCACGUGCUAUAUGGAUCUAAAUGUACUCAGGGAGAACCCUCUAUUUGACGUGCCACUGUUUCUGCUGAAGACCAGUAGCUGGUACACAUUCACGCGAUUAACCUUUCACGAUAUACAGAACGCGUUCGGGCUCAAUCCAACACUAGACGUAUUCAGAGAUAGCACAUUUCUUCCCAUGAAUGACCUUCAGCUGUCACUAGACGGCGGGGCCACCAUAAGGCCAUCCACGAUCUUUGAGCACUAUCGAGGUAGGUUGCGUCAAGGCACAAUCGAAUUGUACCAAUCCGGUCUGACAACCUCAAAUCCCUUCAACCAACUGAAGUACAAUGUAAGCGAUAUUGGCGCCAUGUCCCGCCGCCGCAAGUUCGAAUCGGAUGCGGAUUACCGCCUGGCUUUGCUUACGAACAUUCGCGAGCACUUUGAUACCAUUGAACCACAGCAGAAGCGCUUGCUGUCGUGUUAUCGAAGGUUUCUUAAGGUCUUAGCGUCUUGGCAUCAGGCAGAAUUUGUUACAAUACCGGAACUGAAGUCUGUGGGGGUCGGAUCUCCGUAUUUGAUGGGGCUGUACGCUGCCCAAAUGCUGCCAAGGACGUUUCAACCAGCUAUGCAGCAUUGCGUGAACACACAUCCCGCGCUCGUCGACUACAUCGAAGGAGACCUCUUCAUCUCACCAAUCACAUAUAUUCAAGCAUGCUUCGUGUUCGAAAUUCGGACACCGAGCGUCCAGGCGAAGGACAGCGCUGCUCGGAAAGCCGUGUACCUGAAAAUAGGGGAAUACUUGAAGUUGCAGCAAUCCCAGGGGGUGUUCUUUUCUGUGCAGGAACUCGCCAAUGUCAUGAUUCGAUUUCUGGACAACAACUAACAAGACAAUCGCACAUAUCAUCUAAAUUCGCACCAAUCUAUCACAGUAGAACUUACUCAAGGAAUACUUUGGCAUCUGACCGAGGUACUCUAUUGCUGGCACAAGAGAUCACGUGACUGUAUCUUCUCCCCCCCCCCCCCUUGUUGUGUGCCUCCCUGUGUGAUUAGCAGAUCCUGAGUUGACUUGCGAAAAUGCAAUCUAAACCUACUGUCUAGGUCACUAAGUAAACAGUUAGUUGUUCUGAAUGUCACACACUAUAACUCCACACAACGUGAAAGAAUCGUCUAGUCAGGAUCAUUCUUGCCGUCCUGCUCACUAUGAUUGUCUUAGCUUAGAGCUACAAUCUACAGUGUCUACAUGUAUAUGUGUAUGUACAGUGUGUACUUCACAGCAGUGCAGAAGGAAAUAUAACUGGAAAUGUAACAGUUUAGUUUCCGCUUAAUUUCGAGAUUCUGACUAUCGAAUAUGAUUAUUGGAUAUGCACAACAUUUAGCUAUUCGGUCAUGGUUCUCAAACAUUGCUCCACAUUCUAUCAUACUAGUAGUGCAGUUCAAAACAUGCAAUUUGAAUUGAAGAACAAUAUGCACUCCAUUUACUCUCUCUU